GUCCUGAAGCACGUUUGAUGAGGGCACGUCUAGUGAAUUAAAUGAAUAAAGGCGUUCAGAUCAAGCAAGAUAUUACAAACUACCUUCGAAAUUGCCAUGUCAGGUCUGCCAAAAGAAACAAGUCAGAUGAUAGCCGAAGACAAGCUAAAAUUCCAAGGAAAAGGCAAGUCCUCGUUUUCCAAAAGUAGGAUUCUGUUGAUCAUACUGGCAGUGAUUGCCUUUAUUGUGUUAGUCGUUGGAAUUGUGCUGAUAGCUUUGGCAGCCAAAAGGAAAGACUGCGAUGGAAGAAAGGGCGGCAAGCGUCCCGGGAGCUCGGGCGAAGAAAUCUCUUCUGAUUUUUGUGAAUACUCCGAGGAAGCCAAACGGAUCGGGCUUGACGACAUGAUCUUGCGUGUAAAAAAAAGCUACUACGAGUAUCAUCCUUUUCAGUUGCCUAGCGAUCCUGAUGUGACCCGAGAUGAGAUCAAGAAGAAGUACAAAGCCUACAACCCAACGCCAGAAUACAUCAAACAAGUCACCGACGCGGCAUGGAAGCUAUUGAAAGAAGUUAACGAAACAAAAGUAGACUCAAACAAGUUAAAAACAAGGGAAAAGAAAGCUCUGACGCAGCUCAAACACUUUCUCAAGACGGUUUUUGGGCAGCCUUUUGACAUGAAUUAUUACACUGGUCAUUGGAUGAUGGGCCCAACAUUUUUCUGCUUCACGCAAGCGGUCUGCAAUGUUUACAAACAUUUGUCCUCGAUGCUUAAAGCGUUAAAGCCUGAAAACUUGGAAGAUGUCGAUGUGAUUCAAAUGAAGUUACAAAGUCACAAGGAAGGAAUUUUAAGCUAUAUGGAAAACUUAAAAACGGGCAAGUUUUAUGGAAUGGUUUACACUCAAGAGGCUUGUGUCGGGUCACGGAAUGCAAUCAGAAGAUAUUACAUUAACAUUGCUGUAAAGAAUGAAACCGGUAAGUUUCGACUCUAUUUAGAGAGACAGUUCAUGAAACUAAGUAUGUCUGAAAUACAAUGUAUUUUUCACUAUGGCUGGUCUAUCAGUAGCAGAUCUUAAGUAUAUCACCCAUGGAGUCUUGAGUUGAUCAGACGGGUGCCGUUGCGUGAAACGUUAAUUUGUUUUGAGGCUUUAUGGAAUUUGUUUUGCUUCGUUGCAACUGUAAGGAGUGAAUCAACAUUGUCAUAGUUAGCCUACUUAUCAGUAUUUAAUGAUGCGCGGCCCCGAGUAAGCAAACUUGGCUGCCCGCUAUUUUGAUACUUGAAGAGCUAAGCCUCUUAGACUAGGCAUACCUUAGAAACGAAUCAUAUCGCAGGCUGAGAAUCAGUUAAGAACCUUCCAUUUUGUGUAAAUGACCAGUAAUAUGCACUGACUUACAAAAAAAGCGUUGAACUCCAUUCGUUCAACCCAACUGUAACAAUGUGGUUUUCUCAAUUGCAUCAGACAAUAAAAUACCGAGAACUGCCGCUCAUAAACCCGCUAUUAUACUAUUGACGUUAAUCGAAGACAAAAGCAAACAUCAUCCGCAAGGUUGGAUAAUAAUUUGUUAUAAUCGAUUAGUUAAAUCACAGUCACUUAACAAGAACACAUGGGAGCGAAACUGCGAUCAAAUAACACUGCCUGUGUUUCAUACUUUCAGGAGUUUUGGAAGAGAAAUACGUGCGAGAAGUCCUUGAUGAUGAUUAUUUUCAUGGCAUUACAGCAGCAAUGGAUGCAACAUGGAAAAGCGAACAUGGUGGUAAAUCUGUCAAGGAAUCUUUGGAUGAUUAUCUGGUGGAAUAUUUCGGUAAACCAAUGAGUGAGCUGUUUAGGUAAUAUCACUUCAGCAAAUGUUUAUAAAGUUUUUUUAUUGCAAAUAAUUUUGGAGUUAAUUGAUUCUGAUUAAUUACAGUUUAUGCAGUUUCUACUUAGUUAUAUUAAAUGUUAUCAGAUGUAUCAUUUAUGUGAAUCAGAGAAUUUUUCCUAGUUCAGUUUCGCCAAAAAAGAAAUUAUCGUACUGUAAGACCUGUACGCGAAAUACUGCCCAAUGUUUCUCGUUAAUGAUAACAAUAACAACUUUAUUACUUUCCAAACUUGUUUUUCAAAGUCAAUUACAUCAAUAUCAAGAAUGAAAAAUUUAUAUUGAUUAUAAGCCAUUAAAAAGUAAGACUAUAAAAUUAUAUAUUCACAAGAUUUUAGCGAUAUAUCAAUAACAAUAAAGCCCCUAAGACCCUGUUUACAUGGAGUGGGGGACCCCGGGGUAGUGGGGUUGGUUUCUUUUGUUUUCACGCUCUGGGGGCACAUAAAACAAAAGAAACCUACCCCACUAGACCGGGGUCCCCCACUCCAUGUAAACACACUGUAAACAGGCCCUAACUCUCUCCGUUACAACAUAGUUAAUUAAAAAGAAUGGUUGGGAAACUCUUUGUUAUAGGUAUUGGACCUGACCGUGCACAACGUUCAAUAACAUUCCUAUCAUUUUGAAGUUAUUGACCAAAAGAAACAUCGCAUUAAUUUAUUCAGUCAUAAUUUGUCAACAGAAAACAAAGGAUUGUGCACGGUCGGGGAGCUUCCAACAUAAACUACAGCGCCAUUGUUUUCAACUUUGAUGUUUGCCGGGUUUCCUAACCAGUCUCAUCUACUCACUAUGGUUACAAAGACAAAAGUAAGCAACCCCUGUCUUAAAAAUAGACUGCUUACUGAGACGAUUUUCGUUUCCCGUUUUCCUUAAAUUCUUUUCCUUCAUCCAUUCAACGUAUGAGAGAGGAAAGAUCGAUUCAAAAUAUAAGCUUCUUUCUUAAACAAAAAGCCACAGAAGGAACAUAUUCAAAUAAUGAAAAACAUUAAAAUGCUAAUUCACGACAGUGAAACAGAGAGCAAUGCAAAACAUUCAGUUCAUCUAAAGACUUUAAGUGAGAAUCACGUAAUAAAAAAUAACGGUAGGGAUGAAGCCAGACUGAAAUAAGCAAGGCAUAGCCUGUGUACAGCUGACUCUCCCUACCCCGGCAGGCAAAGACAAGGCAAGAUCUGUGAUCACCGAAUGCGAGAGCAAAGGGGGGGAUCUAGGAGCAUGAUCCCUUGAAAAUAUUGAAAUCUAGAAGCUCUUUAGAUCUUCUGUUAGAAAAGGCUAUUUUCAGCAUUUUCAUGUAUUUUGAUCUUCUAAAGUCAGUCUCUUUCAGCUGGGUUUUUUGUCCAGCUAAAAGUAUUUUAAUAGCCGGCCUGUGUACAGACGCUUCCUCCCCUCAGUAAAAAAUCCGGAAUUUUUUUACCGAGGGAAGGGGGCGUCUGUACCCAGGCUAUAAAGGAUUAUACAUUAAUCAAGGAUAGUUGUCUCUAAAAUUCUCACAGAUAUCUUGAGCAUGAUCAUUACCGCCAUUGUGUCCCAAGUAACUUUUCUAGCGGAUUAGCCACUAUGCCAUUGGAUCAUGUCUGGGUUGAAGGCAAAGAAAAUAAAUCUUGGUCUACCAACAAAAAGCUGCCCACUGGUGAAAUGUUAGAUGGUAAAAGAGCAUACUCCAUGAUACUGCCGUAUUAUACAACUAAUGACAUGACCCCAGAUGAAGUCCAUAAAUUGGGAUAUGAGCAGCUGAAAAAGCUUUAUCCACAGGUUAGCAUACUUAUUUAAAUGUUUGCGCAAGUUCGUGAAUAACUGAAGGCCUCCUUAAAUUGGGCUAUCCAGAGCAAUGAAUCGUCGCUUGAUUUUCCUGUUGUGCUUCAGUAAGAGGCGGUUUAAUUUUUGUUUUCCCCUUUUUCAGUAUUCUGGUACAACCUGGGAAAAAUCCAGAUUUUGUGAGUAAAGCGAAUUCUGUCGCGAUGGAAACCUCCAGAAGACAGACGCUCCCCUAAAACACACUUCUCGAGUGGUUGACUAUUAAUUGAAAAUGUUCUUCAUUUUUAUUCAGGCCGUAAAAGCAGCAAAGAGCGUUACUGGAAUUAGCAACGAAACCGAAGCCAUCAAAGAAUUCAGAAAGAAAUUAGAUUCACCGGAUAACUACUUCAAUAAGGAACUUUUUCCAGCAAAUGAGUCCGAUGCUCAGGCGCAUGCGCGGUGCAGCACUAUUGAGGAAGCCAAGAAAUAUUGUCCCAUAAGAUGGAAAGCUUUGCAAGACUGGUUCAAGGAAGCUAGAAUGGUAAACCUUAAAAUAAAGGAACAAACAUUUAGCAAGAAACAAAAGUAAACAGUUUUAAAAAGGGUUGAAAACUAACUGUUGAUAUGAGAGAAAAAAAGAAAGUCGUUGUAAACAGAAUAGAAUUUUGAUCCGAGUAAUUUUUUUCUUGAGUGUAUUUACCAAAAAGUUGCCCAAUAUUUAGUCGUGCACAUCAUCUAACAUCAAGGUCUUAUACUUACAACUAAACAUCAUGCAUAGGAAAUGAAUGCCGGGGAGGGAUGAAAUAAGAAGACUUUAGUUUCGAAAUGAAGAUGUCUUACUGAUUUUGUUCUUUUCAGGCAAUGAGCCUGCUGUACCCCAAACUAGUUGACAUGUUCUACUUCGCUGGGGAUAAGCGCUCCACACCUAAUUGUCCAAUCGAGUUACGCCCUGACCUGAACCCGUCAAGCGGUAUACAGAGUAAUGUGGUCAGUGAUGCGAUGUGCUCCAAGCCUGGGUAUUACUAUAUACCGUUCUGGUUAGACAGACUGGGGCCCAAAUUUUUUGAAUGGACUAUAAAUGCUCACGAGGCGCGGCCUGGUCAUCAUCUUCAGGUAAAUAACUGGAUGUGUGGAUAAGAAAGUCACCAUAUUGGUGAUCUUUUGUGAAACCAUACCUCUUAAUAUUUUUCUUUAAAAUGUUUUCCCAUUUUCCUUGCUCUCGCAAGAGAAAGGACCUUAUUAGUAAUUAAAAGUUCUAUGAGAGCCAAUUGUAUUUACCUUAAAUCUUUACACGUCAUCCCUAUAAUCUCAAGGGAUUUAAUUGCGAUGGGUACACUAACUUGCAGUGACUAACUGUCUUGCUAGCCUUAAUUGAAGACAAGAAAUUUCCCGUAUAAAAACAAAGAGAGCGUUUCUAUAUUUCUCAGUGUCUUGUUUUCAUAUGAAUUUUAUGGUAAAUUUGCCUGUAUAAAUGAUCUCUACUUUUCAUUAUUCUCGACCGCUCGCGAUCUUUUUUGAUCAGGCGUACGCACCUUAUCAUGAUUAACAUUAUCUGUUGCAACUGAAUACAACACACCCAGAAAACGUCACGUGAUUGUUCCCCGAAAAAAUUAUGUUUAUCAGUCAGUGACAAACAAAUCAUGAUAAAAAAAAUCCUAUUCUACCAGCAGGGGUGGUAACCUAGAAAAUCCUGGUUCUCCAAAUCAACGGCCCUAUAUUUCAGAUCAAAAAAUGUCAUUUUACACAAUCGUUUUCGCACCUGGCCUUCAGGCCCCAGGUAGGGCCGUAGCAUGGGGACCUCCCCCCCCCCCCCCCCCCCCCCUUUUUAUUUGUUUUUAAAGUCUGGGAAAAAAAAAAAAAGAAAAAAAAAAUCCCUUUUCACCCCCAGGGGGGUAACCCAAAAAAAUCCCGGUUUUCCAAAACAACGGCCCUUUUUUUUAAAUCAAAAAAUGUCUUUUUUACAAACCGUUUUCCCCCCCGGCCCUCCGGCCCCCGGGAGGGCCGGAAAAGGGGGGCCCCCCCCCCCCCCCCCCCAGUUUUUUGCCCGAAAAAGUCAAAACAUGCACACAUAAAAGCUGGAAUGAAAAAUUCAUCUCUCAGAGCAUUGAAACAAUGAUGUCUCUGCAGUUAGGUGAAACAUCUGGUUUUGAGAUACAGAGACCAGUCCAAUUGGUCCUUCGGACCCAAAACCCUCUGCUUUUCAAAUACAAUGAGAUACCUAAAAUCUUUGUGCCCCCUAGUUUCUAAAGGCUUGCUACGGCCCUGUCAGGUAUAUGAAAGAGUAAGGGUUUCACUAGCUGAAGUAUAUGAAGGGGUAGGGAAAUCUGUUAGUAUUUCGGUUUGCUAAAGGCCCAAACGUUUUAACAGAUGCAUUUUAUGGCUGUGAAAAAUUCUAGAAAACGUUCUUUAUUGAUUUAUUCGUAUUUAAAAGACAGUGCAGUUACAGCAGUUAAAGGGGAUGAAAAGUUCUAAACUACAGGUAUAGCAAAGGGGUCUCAUUUCUCAAUAGAAACUACUACGAAAGGAGUGCCUCUCAGAAGUACGGGUGUACCCCAGGCGAAAACUAAAUAUGUGGCAUAUGUAGGCUGUUUCAAUGUAUUCUUUUUCCUGGAAUUAGGUCCAAGGAGCCCUAGAAAAUUUCCAACGCAUAUGCGGCGGGGUGGUCAGUUGGUUAGAAGCCAAGACACACUACACAGCGUUCAUAGAAGGCUGGGCUCUUUACGCGGAAAAUCCACUGACAUCAGAUGACACAGAUGUUUAUGACAACGAACCAAUGCAAAAAUAUGGCAUGCUUAAGGGGCAGGUGAGUCGCGUUUAGAUGAUAAAAAAUCUUAGAAAAAGGUUUUGGAAUUUUUAUGAAUUAUUUUCAAGGUACAUCCGUUGACAAUCCUUUAUGGUCUCGACUAGCCUUCGUCGCAGAUGUUAUUUAGGCCCGAAUUACCGGAAGUGCGUUUUCGAAUUUCCUUUCAAUUUGAUUGGCGAAUCGACAAAGGCUUUUUCAACAGGCCAAUCAUGAUGGCGAGUACUCAAAUCCUGGUACAUGCACACAGGCCGAGGGUCCAACCGGAGUUUAGUCCGAAGCUCAGUUUCGUGUGUGGCGCAGUCUUUUAUAUUAAUACCGGACAAUCUGAGAAAUUCAUUUUGAAAUUUUAAUCAGCUGAGAUCUCUCUGUCCUUAGAUCUGGCGGGCGGUGCGGUUGAUUGUUGAUACAGGCCUUCACUACAAAGGAAUGAAGAGACAAGAAGCUAUUAAAAUGUUUGGAGACUAUGCUUGGGAUGAUUCCGACUUUACUCAGAAAGAGGUAGGAAAUUGUCCUUGGUUCAAGCAAAAGAUAGUGAUCUCUUGGUUCAAGAUAAUCACGAUGAUGAUAGCUGACUGAUAGAGGAGGCAGAGUGGUCGCGUGGUUAGAGGGCUGGACUUUAAGUUCACGUCCUGCCCUGACCGCUAGCUGGGCCCCGAGUUCAGAUACUCGAUCAUGCUUGUAAACAGCCAACUGGUUUGCCUCUGAGCAGUUGGAUUCUUAUACUCCGUUAUGUUUAUUUGAAUUAGUUGCUUCGGUUGCUUGCUUAGCCUGUGUACAGACGUCCCCCCUGAAGGAGGGGGGACGUCUGUACACAUGCUAUUGCUUGCUUGGCCUCAUUUGCUUUUGCGCUACAAAUACUGCCUACGGUAAACAAAGGACUUAACGAUGAUGAUGACGAUGGUUGAUGAUUAUGAUGAAGAUGGUGAUAAUUCUAAAGAUGAAGUUGAUUAUAAUGAUGAUGAAAAUGAUGAUAAUGAUGGUAAUAAAAACAUGGUAAAAAAAAGUAACUACUCUAAGAUAGAUAGAUUAUAUAUCAGUAUGGGAGAUUUUUGGAAAUGACGAUGGUGAGGACACAAUUUGUUUAUUACAGUAGCCGAUUCAAAAACUUCUCGUUUAAGACUGAAGUAAGCUACUAUCGACUUGAAAAAUACGAUAUUUUCAUAUGCGUCAGGUAACUCGUUACCAGGGCUGGCCAGGACAGGCAACGGCCUACAUGGUUGGUAGGCUAGGAAUUCUAAACGCCAGAGAGUAUGCAACAAACGCUUUGGGUGAACAAUUCAGCCUCAAGGAUUUCCAUUACCAGGUAAUGUGGCUAAGAGAAUGCGAGUUUCAUGCUUAAUAACACUGAGGAGUUUCUGAAUUCUGCGGAUCGUCCAUAACAAGAGCCAUUAUGGCUCUUGUCCAUAAAUUACUGUUUGUUUUUUCCCUCAACAACAACGAAAAAAUAAGAAAAAAUGUAGAAGAAACCAGAAAAAAGUAUAAAACAAAAGAAGCAAGGCUGAUUUUACAGUCGCGAAUAUAUAUAUAUAUAUUUUUACCAAUAUUUCGGAAGGCACGGCCUUCCCCUUCUUCAGGGUCUUACAUAUAAAAUUACAAUUUACAAAAGUUAUCGAAAAUUACAAUUUAAAUUAUCCUUACGCUUAUACAUGAUAUUUUUUUUUUUUUUUUUUUACAUAACAUAGCAAGGUAACUGACGAAAACUAUAUUUGCCUGCAGUAUGAUUAAUUAUUGCACAUAUAUUAUACGCACACAUAUCCACAAUGCCUUUAAAAAGGAAAAACAAGCAAACAAACAGGCAGACAACUAAAACAGGACAGUUAAAGUAUUUUUUGCGCCGUUCACACGGCGUAAGAACGGGGACAUCGGCGCAACGUCUGUAACUGAGCGAAGCUGCGCCGCGCCGAUCUCUAAAGUGGUGCGUAACAUAUCGGAUAGGUGUUCAUACUAUAUCGGAUUGCUUUUCGUGUUUUCGUGUCGACAUGUACACGAAAAGCUUUCCGAUAUAGUGUGAAUAUAGCCGUCAAUUCCACCUUUUACAGUGAAACCUCUAUUAAGCGGACCCCCAAUUAAGCGGACACCCUCCAUUAAGCGGACACUAAGCCGGUCCCGAAAUUAACGCCUUAUAUUUCCCUUUACAACGAACCCCUAUUCAGCGGACACCUCUAUUAAGCGGACGCGGACACUAAAAUAAGUUGUAUUUGGCUAAUUUCUAUUGUCAAAAACCUCUACUCAGCGGACACCGGACUGAAUUGACAAUUGUAUUGGAUUAAGUCCUUGAAAUACGUUCUGAGGUCAGUUAUUGGAUUUACAAACAAAUUAAAGUUGGUACUGAAAGGUAAUGAACUUGAACUCUGGACAGCUUCUUUAACAACAAGCAACUUUAUCACAGCACAGGGUGACUGUUGAAUAUUGAUAGUUAACAAACAUUGCACAAUUUUUAAAAACCUCUAUUACUCGGCGGACACUUGGGAAGGUCCCGAAGGUGUCCGCUUAAUAGAGGUUUCACUGUAGUUUCGUAUGUCGUUAUACGUAACUUAAUUAUUUUCCAAUUCUACUUAGGUUCUGUCAGAAGGAUCUUCACCCCUUGCUUUCCUUGAUGAUCACAUUAAGAAUUAUGUCGAGUGCGUGAAGAAACCAGACAAAGAAGGUUGUUCCAGUAUUCUGAAUCCUCCCAAGAGAACCUCAUCCAAGAGUGGCGAUAAGAAAUCUAAAAUGCACAAGAACUUUGAAGCCUACAGGCAUUAUGCCUAAGACAAGCAAGGAUAGAGCGGUGUUUUAAAGUGACUGUCUAGGAUGUUAUUAGAUUGUUCUGGCUUUGCAUAGCUAUGUUGCGUAGUGGUACUAUAAAAAUACCUAAAAAAAAGGUCGUUUUUUCCGUCGUGAUCGGUUUUGAUUUUUCUCCUGACUGGCUAAAAACUAUUACUCACUGCAAUUUUUCGUCACUUCAAGUCUGUUUGCAAAAUUUUUUCUCUGAAAUCUUCCGCCCCUGCCCUUAAACAUUAAAAAUUUUGCUCCCUUUUUACCCAUUAUUGGUAAUUUUAGGAUGUAAACAAGGACAUUGAAGGUUAGGAAAAAUUAGACACGAAAAUAUUUUGAAAUGUAAUGAUGUAUGCAAAAUAGCGUAGGACAAAUAAAAGUUUUUUUUUUCUCUCGUUU